UUAGGAGAUGAAAGCAUGGAAAUUAAAAAACAGAUUACAGGAAUGAGGAGACUGCUGAAUGACAGUGCCGGGCGAAUCUAUCAGCGGGUUGGCAAAGAAGGAGAGAAGCUGAAAGAAGAGCCCCAGGACUUGGAUUUAGUCUGGCCUCCGCGACUGAACUCCUCUGCUGAGCCCCCACAGAGCCUCCACCCGUCUUCACGUGGCGCGUGGAAUGAACUGCCGCCCCAGAGUGGACAGUUCUCAGGGCAGUAUGGCACCCGUUCUAGAACCUUCCAGGGCCAGCCCCACUCUGCCGCAAGCUCCAAUGGAGACCUUCCAGCGGUGAAUUCAUCAGUUGGCUCAAACUGCUGUACUUGUAACUGCCAGUCAACGUUGCAGGCCAUUCUCCAAGAACUCAAGACCAUGAGGAAAUUAAUGCAAAUUCAAGCAGUUGGAACUCAAAACAGACAACAACCCCCAAUUUCCCUUAUAUGCUCCCAGCGAACUACUGUCUCGCGCAAGAGAAAUAAGAAGAAAAAAGUGCCCCCAAAGACUGUUGAACCUCUUACUGUGAAACAGAAGCCCUGCGGUUCAGAAAUGGAGAAGAAGACAGCAGUGGCCUCUGAGCAGUCUGGUCUCCAAGCAAUUGAGCACACCUCCGCGGAGGAGAGCCAUGUCCUAGGAUUUGGCAUUGUUCUGGAAUCACCUGCCUCAGAUCCAGAAGUGCAACUUGCUGAAGGCUUUGAUGUAUUUAUGCCCAAAUCUCAGCUGGACUCUAUAUUGUCAAACUACACUCGCUCAGGAAGUCUUCUGUUUAGAAAACUGGUGUGUGCAUUUUUUGAUGACAAGACUUUGGCUAACUCCUUACCCAAUGGGAAGAGGAAAAGAGGACUCAAUGACAACCGGAAAGGACUAGACCAAAAUAUUGUGGGUGCAAUAAAAGUCUUCACAGAGAAGUACUGUACAGCUAACCAUGUGGAUAAACUUCCUGGCCCAAGAGACUGGGUACAGAUUCUGCAGGAUCAAAUUAAACUGGCCAGAAGGAGGUUAAAAAGAGGCUCAGCAGAGGUAGCUGACGGUGAUGAAAGACUGGACAGCAUUUCUGUACCACCAACAGGUAACAUAUUUGACACCAGGAGAGAAAACACGGAGGACACAGACCCAGGUUUCAUUGCCUAGACUUCCCUUGUAGUGACAUUGUUCGCUGGCGUAUGUGACUCUUCCAUUUGAAUUUCCUCAAAGCUCCACGUUGCAUUUCAGGUUCCUGCGAAGUGUGGGUCUUCUGUGAAGUUUGCCUGUCACGUUUGAAUAGUUUCAUAUACUUUCUUUGUAAUGUGUGAUAAUCAAGGCUCCGGUUUGGUAUGAGAUUUUUUUAAAAAAAUCAUUUCAUGAGUUGAUUUGUCACCCUUUAAAAGUCCAGCAUACGAUCCAGUUAGUUCAUUGUCCGUGAUGAAGAAGCAACUCCCUCUUCCCUGUUUUUAUUCAAAACCUCAAUGUGAAUAUUUAGAGCUUGGAAGAUAUUUAUUUUAAUGUAAAUUGCUUAAAUGCAGUAUCAAGGAGCAUGGCUCUUUCCAAUACUGAGAGACCAGUUGUGAAAGCCAAAAUUAAUUAGGCCUUCAUCAGCCCAGAAGAUGAAAAAGCUGCUUGGGGCGACAGACUAGCUCUGACCCUUUAGAUGAAAUCAUUUAUGACGUCAGCACCCCCAAAAUAGCCUCUUGUAACUGAGUGUGAAUGACCUAUGGAUUCUUAGGAAAGAAAAACCUGUCACCUAAGUUGCAUAAACACAAAGACAAAAUAACUAGUUAAAAGGUGAGAAGCUCAAAGCAA